CAAACGCGUUUAUAAAACACUUCAGUGCGGAGCGAACGGUAUUGUCUCCGAGUGCAAACACCCGGAGCAUCAAGCGAUAAAUCAGUUGCAUAUUUUUGCAAAAUUUUUAAAAUAAAAUCAUUUGAUUUCAUGAUGAAAAACAACAGUAUUAAUUCAAAGAAAAAACUCCAAAUUUUAAAAUUCCCCAAAAUUGUCAUGGUAGUAUUUGGUAUCUGGAGAAAUCAGAUAACAUCAAACGCAAUAAUCGCCAAAUUGUACCAAUUUUACUCAGUGUUCAUCCACAUAUUUAUAUUGCUUUUAACAACGUCCAUGUGCAUUUGGGUUGGGAUUAGCCUAAGUCACAAAACCAAGGCGCAGGAAGAAAUUGAGAAAAUGAUCACGGCUUUUUCAUACCUGAUGAAUAUGUUUGUUAUUUUACUUAAGGUCACUCUCGUCCAAACAAGAGGUGUUCGAAAUGCAUUUGCUUUUGUUGAAGACGAAGAAGAAAAAAUGAACAAAUCAAAGGACCGGGACAUAUUAGAUGCACAUUUGGAGCAAGUAAACUUUUGCAAUAGCGUGAAUACGAUUUUGGCUUUAUUUUAUUUGCUGCUAUAUGUUUGUUUCGCUCUGAUCGAAAACACACUGGCCAGAAUUAACGUCAAGCAAUACAAUGACAUGUACAACGAAACUUUAAUAAAGCCGUUGAUAUAUGAAGUCUACCUUUAUAAAGUGGAUCCCAUAAAAUAUGAAACCAUUAUUAUGCUUUACGAAUAUAUCGGAGCCUUUAUAUUGUUGGCAUUUAGUCUCUCAACUAAUGCUAUUUUGUCUUGUAUUAUGUUUGCUUUGUCAAUGAUAAAAGCCCUUCAAAUAAAAUUGCGCAAAAUGGCGCAUAAGGAUCAAGAAGCUGUUAGUAUUUUGAAAAAGAAUGCAAAGGAACAUCAGCAAUUUAUAAGGUUUUUAGAAAAUUUAAAUGAAUUACUUAAGUAUCUCAUUUUGAUAGAGUAUUCGACCAUAUCACUCAAUAUAGCUCUUGUAGCACUUCGCUUUUUACAGGAUGACACUCCCACCAUGCGAAUUGGCAGGGUGUUCUUUUCUGGCGCUUUUGUUGUUUACAUUCUUGCAUUGGGUUGGAGUUCCAACGAAAUCAAGCUACAGAGUAUGGCAAUAUCAGAUGCGAUGUACGAUACUUCGUGGUAUGAUCAAAGUGAAGAAGCGAAGCGUAUAUUGCUUAUAAUGAUGAUGCGAACCAGAAAACCUUUAAGGAUGACUAAAGGUCCGUUUGACGAAAUGACACUUGAGUCGGCUGUAACAGAACUGAUGAAAGUUGGUUCACUACAAGGAACACCAAUACGAGAUAAUUGGUCUUUAAAUAAUCUGAGACAAAUACACGAAAUAAAAACCUAGGGGUUCUAAUCAAUUAAUAUAUGAUAUGCUGUCAUUCAUGGGCACAUUUUGGGUCCGAUAUUUAUAGAUCGAUAGUUAACUGGAUAUCAUUAUUUACAACCCUUAGAGCACGAAAUGGAACAAUAUAUAGAAGAUUUACCGCAAAAUAUAUCAGCGCUGAUUAUAUGGCAGCAAGAAUGUGCCCCUGUUCACAAUGUUGUGCAAGUUAAAAAUUUGGUUAACGUAGAAUAUCCCAGGGGUUGGAUAGGGAACGGCGGAACUAUGGAUUGGCCAGCCAAUAGUCUUGGCAAUCAAUCACAUACAGCAGUAUUUUAAGUACGAGAUUUCGUUUCCGCUAAAUCGCCAUCAACUUUAUUUUUCAAAUUGUCCUUGAAAUCUACAUCAUCUAUUAAAUAGCAUUUGAAUUGAAUAAAAAAAAAAACGGUUGUUAUCUUUCAAUGUUUUGGUGUAGUAAAAAUGUCAAAAUAAUUUUAUUGACAUAUUGGUACAAGCCGUUUUUUAACGUUGUUAUUGCGUCUUUUUGCUGUUGUUUUUUUUUUUGGCUAUACAAAAUGGAUCUUGAUUUUUCAUCUGAGAAUUUCGGUAUAGUAAAAUGUUGUAUCUUAUGCUAGAGUAGCGCCGAUGAAGCUGUAUUUUUAACCUGAGAAACGCUUAUUAUUUGGCACAAGAUAAUCAUCUAACACGGGUUAAUGUGUUUGUUGGGAUUUUUGGGACACAUUUAAUAGACCUAUUUUCUAAUGCUUCUCCUAAGUCUGAGCUUUAUCGCAACCUUCUGGAGCACGACAUCGAAAAGGCUUUGGACAACUUACCGCUUCGAAACUAUUGGUUUUAAUUGGUUUUAACCAUAUAACUAUAAGCCAUAUAGUGGCCCCACUAAAGUAAAAAGUUAUGCGUCGCAGGUGGUAUGCUAUUUUCGUAGGGAAGGUGUAAUUUUUUUUUGUAUGGGUCACCCCUAUCGAACUGAGUUGUCACAUUGCCGUAAUUUUUCAAAAAAAAUUGACUAAUUUUCAUAAGAACGCAAAAUACUCUCUCUGAAAUACGAAUAUAAUUGGCAAUGUCGAGCUAGGAAUUGCUAUUGCCAGGGAAUACUAACAGUCUGUGCCAUUGUUGUUUACAUUCUUUGUGGUUAUGAUACUCUCCGCACAUUUUUCGUAUUUUUGUGAAAAACUUGUGUUUGUGAUCAAAACUGUAAAAUAUACUGGUAAGUAUUGCCUUAUGUACAAGUUAAUUUAAAAGAUUUAAAAGUGGUUUCUAUAGGGCUCCCACUCACACACAUGUAUAAUUUGUGCUUUUAAUACUUGCUCCUUCACGAAAUUACAACCUAAUACGAUCUUAGACAAACCCGAGUGAUUUAAGAAACUGCAUGGUACACUUAAAUAGCUACAUAGGAAAAAUGUUUGGGUAAUAUGUUUUAGUGUACAAGAAUUACAGGAAAUAUAAGAAAACAAUUAAGCUGCAAGUUUUACUAGAACAAUCACAUGAAAUACCUCUUGACAAUUAAAAAUCCUUGUAAAACUCAAUGUAGGAAAAUUUUCUUUUGUCAUUACUCAGAAAGUGGGGAGUUACCAGAAUUAGUUCAGCUGCAAGAGGAAAAAUUUAAAUGAUAAAUCUGCAGGAUAUUUUUUGAAGUCUAAAGGCAUUGCAGGAAAUUUUCGAGAAUUACCAGGAAUUCUAUGCAACGAUUCAAAAUUUAUGGGUAUUUGUAGGUCACCUACCUCCUUUUGGAGGUAAGUGAAUACUGCAGUACUUACACACGCAAUUUGACACUGAUAAAAUAGAAACAGUUAUAUCAAUAAAUACUGACUUUGUAAAUCUGCUUGUUGGAUUCGGGACAACUUGAGUAAGAAAAAUAUUAUAUGCACAACUUUGGAAGAAGAGAUCUUGAUUAGCCUCCAACUAUUUUCCCAAUGCUUGCUUGGCUCGAGAGUAAGCUAUGUCCUCAACUCGUAAGUAUCACCUACCUUCCUUUUGUGAAUAACUAUUUAGUACAAGUUUUUGGACCAGUUAUUAGACUGAUCCAUGUUCUCUAUCCCAUUUUUUUGUAGACUUGCAUAUAUGUCUAUUUGCUAGUUUUGAUAUAAUAAUCAUUUAUCCCAAAAGAUGAAAUUGUAAAGAAACAAUGGAUAACAUUGUCGAUAAAGUAGGCAGUCUUUUAGGAACAUAUGGUGAUCAGUUGUAAAUCGGGUUACUUAUUGUUUUCUGGUCAUUCUAUUUGUCAAUGGUACUUAACAGCCCAAACUUACAGUGCCAAAUGGUACCUUUUUUUUCUAAAAUUUCUUUUUCUCAUGAUAAAAUUUAUCAAAUAAUUCCACAUUCCUCAAAAAUAUUAUUUUGUUUGUAAUAUGUUACCAAUUUUUUUUUGGUCUAAAAUAUUGAUAUUUUUCCUGCAUAAUUUGUGACUGAAAAUUUUCCAUCUUGAACAUAAGAGAAAUUUUUCUUGAUAGGGGGCGUGUUUGGGGUUUAUUUCAAGUCAAAAUAAUAAUUUCUUUCCUAGGUAAAACUAGAGCAGACACUAGCAGAUCUUUAAUCUUCAGCGUUACAGGUCAUAUUGAAGGCUGGCACACAACAAUCAGCAGCCAGAAGUUUUUAACAACAAGUAAAGUGCUUCUGACUUAAAUUUUGUUUCGAAUUUACAGUUAUUCUAGUAAUAAAGGUGGUAAUCCUCUCAAAUCAAGUAAUAUAAAUGUUCUUGAAAAGAGUAAGACCGAAGCAUUUUUUGUUGGACGCCAUUGUGUAAAUGUUAUGCUAUUAAAAAAGGCAGCAUAUAUAUUUUUUUAAUUUCCUAUUGCGUUAACAAGCAACAAUGUUUUUUAUUCUUUUUAGUAAAGGGCUUAUUAAAUAAUUCCUAUAUUAUUCAUUUAUAUUUUUACAUUGUGUUCGUUCUCUAACAUGUCACUAUAUCUUCUGUGAAUUUCAAAACGACUAUAUAAAAAGUAAGUCGUAGUUGUGCCAUAAACCACAAUUUUGUCCACAAAACAAAUCUGGAGAGUGCAUCUGGAAAAAAAUAUUUCUUAAUAGAAUAUUUCACAUGAGCUUAUAGUUUUAAAAAAUUCCAAGCAUUUCUGGAAAAGUAAUUUUUAGUUAUUUACAUUUGAAUCCAGAUUGCAAUAAAAUAUGGUUAAAUUAUUGUAUGAAUUGAUACUAGUAUCUAAAGCCGAGUAGACACAAUUUCUGCAUGUAUUUUUAGCGGAUAAUAAUUGCUGUUAAAUAUUUUUAAUGGGGAUUUUUUUGCGGUAGCCACGAUGCAAUUAUUGCUAGCAAAAUGUUUUUUUAAAUUCUGAGACAAUAAACGACACUUUUUAGGGUUUGGUAAUGUUAAUUUUGUUACAUUUAGGACUAAUUGUUUAUUGACUUAUUUUAUACUAGUUAUACUAGUUUUUAACUUUAUUAGAUACAUUUUCCAAUACCUACAGUUUGUAAACGAAAUUGUCCAUUGAGACUUUUCAUUACUCUAUAUUUGGCAGGCGAAACUGUCAGUAAUUACUAGACUUGCGAUGAAAGAAUAACCGUCUCUCUACACGAAGCGCUUGUUGAACAUUUUUUCCACUUGAUGUUUCCAGAGCGAUAUCUGGUAUCAAAGUUAUAUUUACACUUUUAGAGUCACAUUUAGGGAAUUCGACUUUAUUUACAUUUUCAAUAGAGGUAUAACCAAUAAGUUUAUGGGUACAAACUGUUUGCGCGGAUUUACGAGCACAAAUUCAGUAUCCCGUUUAUAGGCCUUAAAGAACCAAAACGCUAAAAUAGUUACAGAAUUAUACCAGGACGCCGACCUGCGUGCUGCAAUUCAGCAUAAUAUUAACUGUGCACUUGUCGCUAAUUUUUUAACUUCUUUCCGCACUUUAAUUCCUUUUUUGCCCGAAAAUUUAAUGGGAUUUCGACAUAUUUUGAGAAAAUACUGCCGUAAAAAUGCAGCAUCCUAACAUUGAAGAUCUGCCCGCGGCCAUGUUGGUUAGCAUUGCCUUAUGCGUCGCAUGUCAUUGGUUAUAAACGAAAUUUGGAAUCUCGCGCAUGCGCAUAUCGACCCGACCCUCUGGAAAUUUUAUUACAUCGUUGCUUCACGAGUUUCUGCAUUAUUAGCAUUGGCAGGGCCUCUAUGUCUAGUAGCUAUAUGGUUUCAACAGAACGCUGGACCCGCGCACAAUGCCCCAAUCAUGCGCGAUAUCCAUUCAGCAGUUUCGUGGCCCCCUCGUUCGCUGAACUUCACUUCACUCGAUUUUUUUAUAGGCAGAUAUUGCAAAAAUUAUGAUUGCCAGCGAGUUUUUGAGACUGAGGGUGAACUGAGAAGACUAGUUGAGAAAUGUUUUAAAUUUGACAGUUUCGACGUGUUAAAGGAGUUUGAACAUUCUUACUUUUUACAAAACUUCUGGAUUCCUCCUGCAUCGGUUUUUGCUAAGUCGAACUUGCUGACGUUUCGCCAAUCAUCCUGUUGACUUCUUUAGAGCUUGAUUGAAACUGUUUUAUUUUUAAUUUUCUUGUUUACUGAAUUAUCAUUUAAAGUAAUAUACCUAUUUAAUACAAUAAAUAAAUGAGAACGGCUUUAUUGUUCACUCGGCGAAGUGCGAAGAGCUGCUAAUCGAGCAUGUGAAAAAAAAACUAUAAUUCAACUUACAAUAAGGCAAAUUUUACUACAAAUAUCAUAAAUAAAUACAUGCGUUUUCAUAGUUUGGCUUUAGAGGCAUUGGUAUCAAAAUAAUGAAUUAUUUGUCCGUAAAUUAACAUUUGAAACACUAUUGCCAAUCGGUCUAAAAUUAUUUGGAGUACUCUCUUUAGCUGAAGGCGAAACUAUUGCAACUUUCCAUGGCACAGGAAAUACUCUUUUCUCAAUGAACGAAUUAAAAAGGCAUGUUAACAGGGGCACGAUUGUUGAAGACUACAGUCUAAGCAUCUCAAGAGAUAUUCCAACCUUUUCCAAAGCAUUGGACUUUAAUUGUUAUCGGUCUUUAUCCA